AUGGCGGGUUGUGAUGGACGCUUUGAGUGUCUUCUUAUAAUUCAUUUCAUGAUUCUGCUGGCAAACAUACCCAGCACUACAUGUUCAGAUUACGGCAGAUUAAAAUUUUACGAGCUUGCUAAACUGAAGGGAAAGAUUGAACUGUCUAGACACCAUCCGCUGUGUAUCUUGUUCAGGAAAACAGAUGAAGAUACAUCGCUUGAAGACAUUGUCAAAAAACUGGUCAACAAGGAAGAAAAUGAUGGAGGGGAAAAGUUUAAAAAGUGGCAGUUUGGUUCUUUUGCUUUUGAGAAGGUAACACUGCCACCAGUAAGGAGACCAACAUCCUUCCCUACACUGAGAUGUUACACAGGAAAACAUAUAUACCAGGAGUUUGAUGGAAAACAUUCAUCAAAGGCUGUGUCCAAGUGGCUAGAAAAACUGGUCCUGAAACAGGCUGAAUACUUAGAAGAUGCAACAAUAUCAGCUGUGAAGGAGGCCCAGGGGCUAUACAACACAGUCCUCAUAGCCUUCCCUGACACUGCCAAGCAUGCUGAAAUUGAGGAAAUGGUGUUCCAGGAAAAAGAAAAGUUGCCGAAUGCCAAGGCUUUUGUAGUGCACGAAGAUGGUACAGAUUCAAAAAUUUUCAAAGACAAAUUUAAUAUAAGAAAACUACCUGCAGUAGUUGUGACACACAGGGAUAACAUUAAUGACUCAAAUGCUGCUACAGUGAAGGUGUUAUCAGGAGCAACUGUAACACACCAAACCCUGUCAGUGUAUCUCCUGGCCAGACAUAUUGGUGUUCCCCACUAUGACAUGGAUGUUUUUGAGUCUGUAAUGGUACCAUCUGGGAAUUUUGUUCCAACACUGGUUGUGUUUUACUCAACUUUUGUGCCAACCACACACCUCUACUUACGUCUGCUCAGAAACAGCAUACAGGAGUUUGAAGAUAUGGGAGUGCAUAUUAGAUUUGGACUGUUCAAUACUGAACAGACCAACACAAACAAGAUCUUUUUCCGAUGGGUUGAUCUGACAUUUUCUUUGUCCUUUCCAAUGGCUGUUCUGUACUAUCAGGAUAAUUCUGGAAAUAUAGCUCAGAUAAAAGUAUCCGAACAGAGACUCACUCCCUUAAACCUACAUCGGAUCCUCCUGGAUACUGUUGGCUUUGUGGACCAGGACGGAGAGGAGGUGUAUUACAAUCCACUGCAGGGCUAUAACCCGCUGGAGGUUUCCAGCAUACUUGAAGGACCUCGGGGAUCACAGUGCACUCAACAGUCUCAUAACUUGACAGACAAUGAUCCUGUGACUGUAAAACGCAUCAGAUGCAAGAGAAAGAUUGUGACGGUGCAGAAAACGGAAGAGAUCAAACUCUGGCAUGAUAUGUACGGAACAGAAACAGUCAAUAAAAAAUUGGACACAGUGGAAAAUAUCCCAGUACUGACAGGCCAGUAUUGGUCGGAAGUUAUUGAGAAGUCACAUGCUCCUCAGCACCCCAUGCUCGGAGGCAGAGAAUGGGCAGGGGAGGUCACCAAGGUUGCUCUUGUAGUGUUUGUAAUGGCAGAGUGCAGGAGUUGUAAGAACAGUAUGCCCGUUUUUACAAAAUUAGAGAAAUCUGUCAAGUUUGUUGAGGGUGGCUCUAUGUACUUGGUCAAUUGUUCAGUGGACCAUGUCUUAUGUAAAACACAUGAUAUUCGUGGAUAUCCAACUGUGACAGCAUUUCGAGGUCUGGGCUGGCUACACAGUAGUCAUUGCUUGGGAGAGGAAAAACUUGCAGAACAAAAUAACUAUAUAAGAUUGAACUACCAUGGAGUAUUACUGCAUGACCACAUAAUGGACUGGUUUGCCAGAGUGUCCACUCCGGCUGUUACUGACAACUUGUUUGACUGGCCAGAUGCUAAGUCUGAUGAUGUGAGUCUAUUUGGUGUACUGAUGCCUAAGAAGUCAGACUUCCUGCCCCUCCCACCUGGAAGAAAUACCAAUUACUUCUAUUCCUACCAGUGCUUUCGUCUGGUUUGUGAACGCCUGUAUGGGAAGGUAGGCUGCCACAGUAUGUACAGCAAGGAUAUACCAGCUCGAGAAUUUGGAAGUGAAGACUUUGACGUCAUUGUAUCCAAAGUAAUUCUAAAGAGAAGAGAUGGUGUGAGUGCAGUCAUCAUGAAGGUGGGAACAAGUUUGGAAGAGACUGUGGAGGAUGAGUCUGAUACUAAUCUUCACAAGUUUCACAAGCCACACAGAUACAACCUGAAACCUCUCAUGAGAUGUGAACAUGACCAUGUGGCUUGUACCAACCUCAUCAUAUCCUACACACUAGAUCACUCCAGACUGCCAGUCACUCAUCUCACCUCAGACCUCUUUCACAUUCAUCCCAGUGAGAGUCCAGAGAAGAGCCUACCUGUGAUGAUGGCCCUGGUACAUCGACAAAAUGUCACAGAGGACUCGCCAUUCUUCAAGGAGCUGACAGCAGUAGCGUAUGAGCUGUAUAAUAACCUGGAAGUGGUCACUGUAGAUGCUGACGAUUACCGUGGCUGGGCACGCCAAUUUGUACCGGAAGGUUACUCCAUGACAGUUGCAAUGGAUGGUGAGGACCCCCUGAAUAUGUAUGUGUAUCCCCGCAUCUGCUUCGUUAGAAGAGACAAUCACAGACGUGCUGCAUUUUAUCCGCCAGUGGGGUCAAAUAACAUAGAAGAAAGCUGGUUUCAGAAAGAUAAUCUCCUUAAGUAUGCACAAGACGUUUUAUCCAGACCUGAUAAACACAUGAUUAGGACAGACCACUUUUAA